UCAAAAUAUAUCAAAACGUAUAAAUAAUUCAUGGUUACAAGAUUUCAAAGCUAGACCAAGCGUUGUGAAUGACAUUAUUAACCGAACUAAGAGAAACUGUAACGACUAGUGUUAAUCAUGAAUUGGAAGAAUGAACAGCCUUUUGCUCUUUUUCUACUAAUAUGUCUAAGCUUUUGGAAUAUGAAAAAUGUUCAAGGAGGGGUAAGGUAUUUUGUAAAAAGUCCGGUAUGUCAGAUGCCCUACGUGAAUCCCUUCGCCCUGGACACAAUCAGGAACUUCCAACGGAAGAAAAUAAGAAUAUGCCACGUCGACAGCGAUAUGGUAACAAGUAAAUUUGAUUUCGCGACUCAUCAGUACAGACUGCACAUACACAAGCACCUGGCCAAACCCAUUCUAAAGGCUAAAGGAAAUGCUACCCUGCAAUGCGAGUACCAGGAGAUAAAACGGGAUAAAACCGCGAAGAUACCGGAUAACAACUAUAAGAUACUGCACAGUCGACCGAUUAAACAGCAUCAGUUUGUUCCUAACAACACGGACUUUAUGAUCACCAGUUGCUAUGUGAAAGAUGCGAAAAAUCAUCGAAAGCUUCUGCAAAAGGAUGCCAUAACGUUCAUUGAAGAUCGCAUAUCAGAAGACAAUGUGAAGGAUUUCAUAAAGACACAAAGUGUGGACCCCAAACCAAGUGUCCUGAUAAUGGGACUGGACUCCACAUCGCGCAUAAACAUCCGACGAACAAUGCCACUAGUUUACAAAUACGUUACACAACCCGGAUGGUUCGAAAUGGAGGGCUAUAACAAAGUGGGUGACAAUACCUUUCCCAAUCUUCUCGCCGUGCUCACAGGCCAAUCGGAAGAAGCAGUAAGGAAAAUAUGUGAUGUUAAGAAACCAGGUUGCCUGGACUCUUUGAACUUCAUUUGGAAACGUUUCAAAAGUGCCAACUAUACCACUGCCAUUGCCGAGGACUGUCAAUCAAUAAGUACUUUUAACUAUCUUAAGCCGGGAUUCGUGAAGCAACCUACUGAUUACUAUCUACGUCCCCUGCUUUUGGCGAUCGAAAAAAUGUUUAAGGUCACCAAAGAAUUUGGCUAUCCCAACUGUGUGGGUCGUCAUCUCAACUUCAGUUAUAUCUGGGACUUUGGCAAACAGUUCAUCAAUCGUUUUCUGGGCAGAGCCCCGAUCUUUGGCUUCCUGUGGAGCAAUAGUUUUACCCACGAUUACUUUGAGGGAGCCACAGCCUUAGACAGCCUCUUCUUUAAGUACUUGAAGUCUUUUGAGGAAUCGAAUCUCUUUGGUCAAUCAAUAGUCAUUUUGAUGAGUGAUCAUGGCUAUCGGUUUAGUAGCUUAAGAAUGGCUGCAUCUGGGUAUUAUGAAGAGCGCAUGCCCAUGAUGUUCAUCUAUUUACCACCUUGGUUUCGAAGCAAGUAUCCUCAUCUGGCAAAGAAUCUCCAGACGAAUCGUAAUCGACUAUCAUCUAACUACGAUGUUCACAUGACCCUGCAGCACUUACUUCAGUUAGAUAGCAAAUCCAUGGAUGAUUUUCCAGAUAAUCUCAAGGCAAAGCAGUGCAUGACCUGUCAAUCCUUGUUGUUCGAGCUGCCCUUCAAUCGCACUUGCCAAAUGGCUGGAAUCAAGGAGAAAUGGUGCUGUUGUCAGCCCACCGAAACCGUCACGAAUUCCCUAUCUGCAAAGACUAUUGCCAAGGCUAUUGUUGAGCGUAUGAAUGAACAUUUAAUUAGCUACAACCUUACCGAACUUUGCCACGAUUUCAAGCUCAAAGGCGUUGAAAAGGCAGAUCGCAAAACUAUCCUAUACACUGGUCUUAAACCAGUUGACAAAGACGAGCAUGUUUACAUAAUUUCCUUUCAAACUAGUCCAAAGAAUCCUCUUUUUGAGGCCACUGUCCAUUGGAAUAAACGUACUCAGAAGCUUCUUCCUAUUAAUGUUGAAGAUCUAAGUCGUUUAAAUUCAUACAAAAACGACGCCAAUUGCAUAAAUCAAAAGAACGCCAAAAAAUAUUGCAUUUGCAAGGACAGCUUAAGUAAGACCAGCGAAGAUUGAAAUAUAAUUUAUAAAACUUCUAAACACUACUAAAUUUGUUUUUUUUACAAAAUGGAAAUCUAGGAAAUGGUGCAAGAACAGUACAAUCCCUAAAGUGAUAUAGAAAAACAGAUAGUUGUAACCCACCCACGUCAGACAUUACUCAACUUUAUGACAGUUGUAAAAUCCCGGGAGAAUAUACAGUGGCACAUUAACUUCAUAAACCAAUAUAAACAGUGAACCCUUGAAUGGAGUACUACUCCAGGCUUAUCUUAAUUACACACUCAAAUC